AUGGCAACUCCAAGGCUACCGUUCCUGUAUCCGAACUUGAUGCGGGCCGUACGGGCCUGCGAACCAAGUACAUACCGCUCUCUUCGCUUCUCCUACCCCAACCCGACCAAUCGCCGCUUUCAUACAAGCCGGCGGCGGGAUCGCGAAGCCUACCAAAGGCGCUACGGGCCGGCCGUCGAACCGAGUGUCCCACCAUCCAAAAGCAAUAAAGGAACCCCGGACCAAGUGCCAGAUGCGAGCCCCGCCGAGGAGGAUGCGCCAAGUGCCUCCGAGCAAGGGGGUGAUGCGCCGGAAGAGUCGCACUCGGACCAGCUCCGGGAUACAGACGCAAGUCCUGCAGAGACCAUGGACCGUGAAUCUUCCGAGUCAGCUUUAGACGAGCGGGAGGCAUCGGAGGACAAGAAAGACAACCCUCCGACAGACCGGGAGGCGCAUGAAGAGUCCGGGAAGGAUGUGGAUAGUCCUGAGCUUGACGAGGCCUCUACAUCUUCGACAAACCCCUCUGAGAGCUCAGCAAGCUCAGAGGAGGACAAGUCUGAACACUCCAAGUUCAGCAAUCAAACGCCAUUCGACGAUGUGCUCCACAUGCCCUCCCCGUCCGUCUUCCUCACUCCAACCGGGGAAUCCUCUUCGUCUGAUGAUCGCCCGCAUUUGUCGCCCGCGCCUUAUGUGCACCAUUUCGACACAUACUCAUUGGUCCAGGACCUUACACAUGGUGGUUUCAGCAACCAGCACUCUAUCACGAUCAUGAAGGCCGUGCGAGCCAUCUUGCAAAACAACCUCGACUUAGCCAAGGAGAGCCUGACAUCGAAAUCUGAUGUUGAGAAUGAGGAAUAUCUUUUCAAAGCAGCUUGCUCGGAGCUUCAAUCAUCGCUGCAGACAGCUCGAAACUCGGAGAUCCAGCUCCAGCGCUCCUCGCGUACUCAAUUGCAGCACGAAACCGAUAUCAUCUCGCAGCGUGUUAGUCAAGAGAUUUCGGGUGUCAAGGAUGACAUUAAGGGCAUGUUCAAUGAUCACAAAAUGGUCACCCGUGAGCAGCAACGGAGCAUCGAUACCUCGGUCCAGGAGCUCAACUACAAGAUUACCGUGUCUCUGAACAGUGAUGGAAAGAGCGAGAUUGAGAGUCUGAGGUGGAUCUUGACAAGACGCGCUGCUAUGACGAUUGCUAUCUGCGCCUUCAUGAUUAUCGUUUUCCUCAAAUAUGCAUCCACACGCAAGGUCCCCGAACCUAAGAAGGCCAAGGAAGAAGAAAAGCCCGUCGUGAAAGAGAUCACGACCAAGACCCAAGUGGUUCAUGACACUGGUCUUCAAACGACAGACGGCAGUGAUGGAGCACACCUUGGUGAAUCCCUCGGCUGA